AUGGAAUCCAGUGGACCUUCACAAAACAGCUUGAGGACCUGGAUUUUGCAGAUGACAUUGACCUGCUCGCGCACAACCUACAAGAAGCUCAAGAAAAACUUUCAAGAUUGGCAUCAGAAGCCCAAAAGAAAUACCAAGAUAACCGAGGUGAUGAGAAUUAACAACAAACGAGAGACUCCAAUUCAAUUAAAUGGGGAAAACAUCAAAGAAACUGACAGAUUCACCUAUCUUGGGAGUACUGUAAACAAGGAUGGUGGAGGAGAUGAUGACGUCAAAAGCAGAAUUAAUAAGGCAAGACAUGCUUUCCACACCCUCAGACAAAUCUGGAAUUUUAAAGCGCUCUCCAUCAACAGCAAAAUCAGGAUUUUUAACACAAAUGUUAAAGCAGUUCUCUUGUAUGGUUCCGAGACCUGGAAAGUUACGAAAACAAUAAACAGCAAAUUACAUUCUUUUAUCAACAAAUGUCUCCGCCAUAUCCUUAACAUCAGAUGGCCUGACACCAUAUCAAACAACAGUCUAUGA